UCAGAUCUCGAAAACCCUCGCAAAAACCCGCCUGAACGCCUCCUCUCUCUCUCUAGCUUUCCAAAAGCCCUCGGAGAGUUCUCACAUCUAUCUCUCUCUCCUUCCGAACAUGGCGAAAGGCAGAAAGAGAGAUUCCGCGGCGGAGGACGAUACCGGUAGCAAAGAGAAAAAGAUCCGAAGAGCAAUGGCCGAGCAGGAUCCGGAGCCGGUGGAGGAUGUGGAGGCCGAGAACUCCGAGGAGGAAGCGGAGAAGCUGGAGGGCGUAGAUAUGGCGCCGAAAAGGAUGAAAGCGAAGCGUAAUGACGGAGAUUCCGAGUCCAAGCUCGUCGGAGACCCAGUUCCGAUGGAAGAGGCCAAGCAAAAAUGGCCAAGGAGGUACCAGGGAAAGGAGAGGACUAAUUCGCCGAAGGAGAAAGAAACUGAAACUGAAGACGAAGAUGGAGAUUUUCAAGCUAAGAGCCACUAUACCCAAGCUAUGGUAGAAGGAGUUGUGUUUAAUCUGAACGACGAUGCUUAUGUCAAGGCUGAAGAUGAUAAGCCCGAUUACAUAGCAAGAAUCGUUGAAUUCUUUGAAGGAGUUGAUGGUGAACGAUAUUUCACGGCUCAAUGGUUUUACAGAGCUGAAGACACUCCAAUCAAGGAUCUGGCAAACCACGCUCAGAUGUUUGAUAAAAGAAGGGUUUUUCUGUCUGAAAUUAGGAAUAUCAACCCGAUAGAUUGCAUUGUCUCUAAGGUCAAAAUUGCAAAGGUUUCUCCCAAUCUGGAUUUGGAGGCAAAGGAGAAAACUAUCCCUGAGUGCGAUCUUUAUUAUGACAUGAAAUACUUGGUUCCGCACUUGACAUUUGCAUCACUGGAGACCAAUACUUAUAGGCAAGAUAGCGAAGCUUCUUCUACCAUUUCUAGUGAAAGUGGAAGUAGUGGAGAGGUUUUUCCAAACAUCAGUUUGAGAAAGUCUGAGAUGUCUCUUCUCGAUCUGUAUUCUGGGUGCGGUGCGAUGUCUACUGGACUUUGCAUUGGUGCAAAACGUAGUGGAAUAAAUCUUGUCACUAGAUGGGCGGUCGAUAUAAACUCUUAUGCUUGUGAGAGUUUGAAGCUUAAUCAUCCUGAGACCGAGGUGAGAAAUGAGGCUGCAGAUGAUUUUCUGCAUCUCCUUAAAGAGUGGGAUAAGUUAAUUUCUGAGUUACAAGAGUAUGACUCAAGUGGUGGGGUUGAUGAUGCUUCAAAUGAUAAAGACGAGAGCAGUGAUGAUAGUACUAAUCCGUCAGAAGUUUAUGAAGUGGAAAGGCUACUUGGUGUUUGUUAUGGUGAUCCCAACAACGUCAAGAAUAGUGGCUUAUACUUUAAGGUUCGGUGGAAGGGUUAUGAUUCUGAUGAGGAUACUUGGGAGCCUCUUGAUGGCUUAAGCGAUUGCAAAGACCGGCUUAUGGACUUUGUUAGAGAUGGUUACAAGAAGAAACUUCUUCCUCAGCCAGGUGAUGUUGAUUGUAUUUGUGGAGGUCCACCGUGUCAGGGAGUUAGUGGCUUUAACCGUUACAGGAAUAAAGAGGACCCCUUAGCUGACACGAAGAAUCACCAGUUGUUAGUCUAUAUGGACAUUAUUAAAUACUUGAAGCCGAGGUAUAUCUUAAUGGAAAAUGUUGUAGACAUAUUGAAGUUCAAGGAUGCAUUUUUGGGCCGAUAUGCGCUAGGAUGUCUUGUGUCCAUGAAUUACCAGGCCAGGAUAGGAAUGAUGCCUGCUGGUGCCUACGGUGUGCCACAGUUUAGAAUGCGUGUUUUUCUAUGGGGUGCUCAUCCAUUGGAAAGAUUACCUCAGUACCCUCUACCAACACAUCAAGUUGUUAACCGGGGAGUUGUUCCUAAAGAGUUUGGGGAAAUUCUUGUUAGUUACGAUGACAUCAAAGAAAGUAAUUUGGAAAGUGCUCUUCAUCUUGAAGAUGCAAUAACUGAUCUUCCUGAGAUUGAAAAUGAUGAAAGCCGAGAUGAGAGACCGUAUGAUGGCGAAGCUCUUACAAAGUUCCAGAAGUACAUUAGGUUAAAUAGAGAAGAGGUGAUUGGUAUUGAGGGUGUGACUACAAGUUCUCUAAAAUCUGGUAUGCUGUUUGAUCAUCGUCCUCGAAAGCUGAACGAUGAUGAUUACGAAAGAGUACAAAGUAUACCUAAGAAAAAGGGUGCUAAUUUUAGAGACUUGCCUGGAGUGUUAGUUGGCAGUGACAAUAUUGUAUACCUAGAUUCUACGAUUCCGAGGCCCAUGGUUGCCUCUGGGAAGUUUUUGGUUCCUGAUUAUGCUAUUAAAUUUGUGGGUGGCCGAUCCACAAAGCCAUUUGGUAGAGUGUGGUGGGACGAAAUUAUCGCCACUGUUGUGACAAGAGCAGAACCCCAUAAUCAGGCUAUAGUUCAUCCUCAACAAGACCGAGUACUAUCAGUUCGAGAACUCGCAAGAUUGCAAGGUUUUCCGGACUUUUACAAGUUUUGUGGCCCAAUCAAAGAGAGGUAUAUUCAGAUUGGAAAUGCAGUAUCAGUACCGGUUGGUAUUGCGUUGGGCUACACGUUGGGUCAGGCAUGCCAAGGGUUAUGCGGCGACCACCCUUUGACGGAGUUGCCGUUCAAGUUUCCUGACUGUCUUGCAUUGGAAGCAGAUAAUUUCGAGUGUGAAGAUGUAAUGUAGAAUUGUAGAUUAAAUUAUUUCCUGUGAUUUUUAUUAGGACAAGGAAAGUGUUGUCAAAACGUGACGAACUAUUUCUUUUCAUUCUUAAUGAGAGGGAAUUUAUUG